AUGCUAUGCUCGCCCGUUGAGUCUCCGAAAGAUCCAUCGCCCAGUGAUAAUACGAGUAUCGCCCAUAUCAAUCUUAAUCAGACUCCUCCCGAUAACAACCGCCAUAAACUCAUUAUAAAAGGAAACCACGGAAUGCUGAGAGAGGAAAACAGAGAUUUCGAAAUUCAAAAAUCUCAACAUGAGAAGGACUGUUUUGAUGUAGAUGAAAGAGCUCACGGAGAUCUAAAUUUAGGUGAAAAAAGAAAGAAUAUGGAUGCAUUCAUAACUAAAGACACAUCUGCUGUAAUCAAAGAUGCACAGAAGUUAUUUGAAAUGCUUGAUGGACUAGUGGAGGAAAUUGGAGAGGAAAAUGUUGUUCAGGUUGUGAUUGAUAGUGCUUCAGCUUAUGUAAAAGCUGGGGACUUAUUGAUGGAAAAGAGAAAGAAAUUAUUUUGGUCUCCUUGUGCGGCUCACUGUAUUGACAAUAUAUUGGAGGAUAUAGGUGAAUUGUUGAUGUUUAAAGAUACAAUAAAGAAAGCUAGGGAAGUUUGUGUUUAUAUUUAUAGGCAUGCUUGGGUUCUUAGCAUGUUUAGAAAGUUUUCUGAUAAGAAGGAGUUAAAAAGAGCCGGAGUUACAAGAUUUGCUACAACUUUUCUCACAUUAAAGAGUUUUGAGGAAAAUAAACUUCCACUUAGAGCAAUGUUUGCUUCAGAGGACUGGGUAAAGAGUCAGUAUGCUUCCAAGCCAGAAGCAAAAAGGGUGGGCACAAUUAUGUUAUCUGAUGUUCGAUUUUGGAAAUCAGUUAAGUAUUGUCUAAAGUGUGUGAGUCCAAUAGUCAAAGUUUUAAGACUCGUUGAUGGGGAUGCCAAACUGGCUAUGGGGUAUAUUUAUGAAGUAAUGGAUAGGGCAAAGGAACAAAUUGCGAACAAUUUCAAUAAGCAACUGACAAAGUAUGAGCGAGUUUGGAAAAUUAUUGAUACAAGAUGGGAUUUGCAACUCCAUAUGCCACUUCAUGCAGCUGGUUAUUUUCUUAAUCCCAAGUAA